AUGGCGCCCUUCUUCGGAAAGUUAAGAGGCAAUACGGGAACCGGAACUCAAGCUUCCACCUCUUCCUCGGUCAAGAAAUAUGUUCUCCCCGCACCGAUGACGCCCCUGGAGAAGAUGCUGCAAGAUGCGGGCCCGUUGCGGAAUGAUGGCAGUGACAAAUUUUUCGGGAUGGAAAACCAUCCGUGUGCUGACGUAAGAGGUAUUGCAAUUCUAUUCUUCAAUGUCUUUACUACCUUAGUCGCUUUUCGAGAAUCCGUUAUCAACUACCCAAGACGCUCCCCCAUAGAAACACUCAACGAAUCCCUCGCCAAAAAUUUACACUACCCAGACCCAAACGCACCAAUGGAGGAUAAACAAGAUGCUAAACAAAAGGCAACCGGUAAUCCUUCCGUCAAGGGUGGCGUAGUCCCCCCUGCGCAACAGCCGCCUAAACCGGAGGAUAAGGACUCACCGGAAUACAAGAAAAAAGUUGCGAUGCAUAGACUUCCAAUCUUAGAAACAAGAGACAAUGCCAUGAGCUAUGGGAUGCAAGAAUCGCUCUUUACGUCUCUGAAAGAUAUUUUCGAGGCUAUAGUUGCCACUCAGGAGAGGAUGGGCGUCAUCCGUCCUUACAGCUUCCUCGAAGUGUUACGACGAGAACAUGAAAUGUUCAGAACAGCGAUGCACCAGGACGCGCAUGAAUUUCUUAAUCUACUACUAAACGAAGUGGUUGCCAAUGUGGAAGCAGAAGCCGAACGUUCACUACCUCCAGAAAUAGACCAGCAGUCGGAGAGUGAUUUGUCGGUCGAUCUUGAUCAGCAUUCGUCAGUAACGUCAUGUUUACGAAAGUUUUCGGAGGAGGAGAUGCUCUGUGAACGCAAUAAAUUUCAUUGUGACAAUUGCGGGGGCCUGCAAGAAGCUGAAAAGCGGAUGAAGAUUAAACGAUUGCCGCGCAUCUUAGCUCUUCACUUGAAGCGCUUUAAAUACACUGAGGAUUUACAAAGACUCCAGAAGCUAUUCCAUAGAGUGGUGUAUCCCUAUUACCUUCGAUUAUUUAAUACUACCGAUGACACCGAAGAUCCUGAUCGUCUCUACGAGCUUUAUGCCGUCGUUGUCCACAUUGGUGGUGGUCCUUAUCACGGCCACUACGUUGCUAUUAUAAAAACAGAGGACAGGGGUUGGCUCCUUUUCGACGACGAAAUGGUGGAACCAGUUGACAAGAAUUACGUCCGUAAUUUCUUGGAGACCGCCCUGGGUUGGCGUGCGCGUACGUGCUCUUCUAUCAAGAAACAACUUUUGAAGCCAUGCAAAGGGAACAGGAAAAAGAAGAAUGCGACGCCUAGUCUCCCACCUCUCCCACACCUUCCUCAGACCCCUGUGAUGCCCAGCUCGACCAACCUAAAUUCUAAAAAGAGCGACAUUAUCUUCAAAAAAGAACGCGCAAAGGAAGAGAAGGAACGGAAAACUGCAGAGAAGGAGAAGGAGAAGGCACAGAAGCAAAAACGAAAGGAAUUGGAGGCUAAACUGAAGGAGGAAAUUAAGCGCCAAGACGCCGAACUCAAGACGGCUUUGGAACUUAGUAAAGCUUCUAAGGCAGAGGAGGACCGCCGUAUUGCAACUCCUCGCAACGGUAAGGAGAACGGCCAACCCGGAGGAACGGCAGGAGGUCUUGGUCGGUUCAAACUAGGCAGUAGGAGUUUGAGCUAUGGCAUAUUAGAUUCUAGAGAUAAAGAGAAGGGUCCAAAAUCAUCGACAGAGCCGCCGCCAAUACCCGUACUCCCAAUGUCCCUACCGCUCCCAUCCGCCGCUGCAGACCCCAAGAGCCCAGUCGCAGAGAGCAAUCUUAGCAACAAUUGGCCUUUGAAGGAUGAAGUAUAUUCCAAUCCGCCAGUCGACUCUACCUCCCGUAGCCAAAACGAAAACCCGAAACCACGACCAAACCCAUCAAACUUUUUCAAUAAUAUGAAGAUACGACCACGAGAAGUCUCCAACAGCAUCAACCAUACCAGUCGGCAUACCAAUUCCAAUCACAAUCACAAUCAUGUUCGCAGUUACGAUAUCAACCACGAUCAAAAUAAGAAGCAAACACACAAUGGCAACGGUCACGAAAAUAACGGAAACUCAGUGAAGCAUGCAACACCCAAACGCAGCCGGGUUCAGUCUACGAAGGAAAUCGUUCAGCGUAACAUAGUUUGGGUACUUCAUAUUACUUUCGCUCUGCGCUUUGUAGCAAUCAACCAUGGUCAUCCUUGCCACAUGUGA